UACUAGCUAUGAUUAAUCCUUGUCGCUAAGAUGUCGCGUUACGGGUUAACCCGGUUAAACCUGACCGGCUCGUAACCCGAUCGGGUUUAGAAACUCAGGGGGUGGAGUUUUCAACAUGACUCAUCUAUAUUUCGACCCAUCACUAUUUCAGAAUACAGGCGCUGUCACGGUGACCGACCUGAUGGCAUCUCCCAUGGCGCAGGGUCUUUUUCACCGGGCCAUUGCAGCCUCCGGAACUGCUUUAAACAUUUGGAGAACAGGGACCAACUCUGCCGACGUGAUUAAAGGAGCGCUAGCAGUCUCUCAGCGGGCCGGGUGUUACGAUGGGCUUUCCGCCCCAGAUUCAGGUUCGAUUGGACGGUGCAUGCAAAGCGUUCCUGGCCUCUUGCUGGUGACUAUUUUGGACGAAUAUCAGCUUGCUGAACGUAGAGAGGGUCGACUUGGAUUUUCGGUCGUGUCUCCUGUCGUACAAUCCUUCGAAAUGGUGAUGUUUCCUAAAUUUCUCCGAGAAGACCCCGCCAUCGUAUUUGCAGAGGGGCGAGAAGCGCCGGUCCCGUUGAUGAUGAGCACUACGAAGCACGACGGAUCGAACAUCAUGGGACUGUUUUAUAACAGGUUUUUACGGGACAAUGGCCUCGACAGGAAUGUCACGUAUUUGCGGUAUGACUUGGUCCCUGCGGCCUUGAAUGCAUUAGGUGUUCCCGAUAUUCCUGGUGGAAUUCAUGAAACAAUAUCUCGCACUUAUCUUGGCGAUGCACACAAUUUUGGAAAUUUUAGCCUCAUGUAUCCCGGCCUAAUGGAUAUCUUCUCAGUCUUCUCCUACAAAGGGGACUGUUACAAGACGGCCUUCCUUCACUCCAGGAAAACAGGGUUGCCCACUUUUUGGUUGUCGUUCGAGUUUAGGGGAAAUGUCUCGUUUUGGGGUCAACAUUUUCCGGGAGACGUCCUACCCCCAUUUCCAGGCGGUGUCACACAUACGGAUGAUCUUUGUUACUUCUUUGCUUUGACCUUCCUUCCUUGGAGCGAUGCUGAGGCUGCCACCUCGUCGAGAAUGAUGUCGUAUUGGGCGGAUUUUGCGACAGUGGGACGACCCCACCCAGAUUGGCCGGAAUUAAAGUAUGACAAUGAAGCAUACUGGAUUGUGGAUGAAGUGCCUUCAACCGGUCUGGACUUUCCAAGCAAAUGGGUUGGUCCGGGCUAUGAAGCGGCGAGGCCUCCAGUUUAACUACCUGUCAAUAACCUUCAUACUGAUCAUUCACUCUUAUUCUAUUUAACCAUUAGAAGUCGGAUGGCUUCACAUAAUAAUUUUGAUGAAUUAAAUAUUUACUGAACAAUUUAAAGAAAAUAAAUCCUACAUUUAUUAAU